CCGGUUCCCGAGAUUAGCUUUCUAGCUAGUAAUAAUCCAAAAGUGUCUGUAGAAAUAAACUCCAACGGGAUAUAACACUGAAUUAGACUAUAUUUGUACUUGCACAAAUCAAAAACGACCAAAUUAAACAGUCUUGGCGUAUCUGAAUGGAUUUAUGAGUUUGGUUGCUUAUUAGCUAACUAGCUAGCUGUUAAACAGAUUUAAGAGGAUGUUACCCGGAUGUAGCGGUUCAGACACAAUACACUAAUAAUUAUUGCAACAUUGGGCUUUUCAGAACUUUUCAAAACUUUUCAAAACUGAGAAAUACAAUCUGCAGAGGUUUUGUUCAACACACUGAUCGUUGAUGAAUCACAACAAUGAGUAAAAAAUGUCUCUGGCGGAGUUAUUGAAGAUGCUCGGUCUCGGGGCAGUGGCCAUCGCAUUAGGCCUGGAAGGGUUGGACUGGUUGCUGACUCGGCAUCUCUGGCCCAGAAGAGGUUCCUGUCAGCCCCUGAAGGAGGUUCUCUUCUUUCCUUCACCGCCAACAUGUGUGGAGCACUUGUACAAUCCAGUCAGGGCUCAUCCAUGCCUGUGUCCCCUCCCUCAUGGCCUGGACACACCCUUUUCUAGACUCCUUGAACACCUUCUCUCAGCGUGUGUGUCGCUGGACCUUUGUCUGUUCUCCUUCUCCAACAUUGAGCUGAGCCGGGCCGUGCUGCUGUUACACAGCCGGGGUGUGCGGGUGCGAGUGCUCACAGAUCGAGACUACAUGGCUAUCACUGGCUCUCAGAUCGGCGUCCUCCGCAAGGCAGGUAUCUGUGUGAGGCACGAGCUGGUAAUCACCAUGCAUAUGCAUCAUAAAUUUGCAUUGCUGGAUGGCAGGAAGCUGAUCACCGGCUCCCUCAACUGGACCAUGACAGCAGUGCAGAGCAACAAGGAGAACGUAAUAGUGACCGAGGACCCGCAGCUUGUUCGACCCUAUGAGGACGAGUUCAACAAGCUGUGGGAGGCCAACGACCCGGCCAAACACCCACCACAAACACACAGCAGGAAUAACACGAAGGGACUGCUGACGCCCACCAGGGACGAGUAGCUGGACACAGAGUUAGCUGCUUUUCACAUGUAUAAUUAGUUUUGUUUUAUAUAGAAGGAUUAGCUUGAGAAGUUUUUUUCACUCUGGGUUUGUUACAGAAUUUCAAGGAAAUUAUUUAAAUUUUAUUUUUAUAUAUAUAGUUUUACAGAAUCUGUUGUUUUAUUUCAAUAUUAGGUGUUUUUGAGUAUGGAUAUAAUUAGGUUUAUAUUAGUUAAUUUAAAUAUUUCAGGGACAUGGAGAAGAUUGGAUUAUUGUUUGCUGUUUGUUUGUUUUUUAAUUCUUUAACGACUUAUCCACUUCAAGGAUAUUGAAUGGUGGACAGAUGUUAAAUACAUAUUGAUUGCCAUGCUCAGUAUCUGUUAUUGUGCUUAAAAUCUGAAUCUGAUGCAGGCAGGGAAGAGAAAUAAUGCAUCUUACUUGGGGAGGACUAAACUACAAUGCCUCAGGUGAAAUAAAACUGCUUUUAUUGGCCUAAAUCUGACUUUGUGCCAAAACAUU